CGAAGCUAGAUUCUAAGAUAUUCGGUUUCUACGUACAUUAUCAAGAUCGAGCGUACUACAGAGUUACGUACCUUUUAUUUCACAACGCCAUUUGUGACGACAACUAGCAAGUUUUCAGAGUAAUGCAUUGGAUACAUGAUCCAGAUUUUAGUGAGAAAGUUGCCAGGUUAUGUACAGAGAAAUAUGAGAGAUUACCAAAGACAGGAAAACCACAGGCAGGAAAAGAAUGGACACUACUGUCUGGUGUGGUCAUGUGUAUACAGAAAGAGACAAGUUAUGAUCUUGAGAUUGUUUCCUUGGCAACUGGCUCAAAAUGUGUGGGAAAGUCAAAAAUGAGCAGAACAGGUGAGAUAUUGAACGACAGCCAUGCAGAGGUCCUUGCUAGAAGGUCAUUUCUUAGGUUUUUGUAUAGUGAGAUACAGAAGUUAUACAACUGUGAUGGUAAUACAUUAUUGAAGAAAGCUGCAGAUAACAGGUGUCACUUCCAGGAGAAUAUUAGCUUCCAUAUGUAUACAUCACACACUCCCUGUGGUGAUGCCUCCAUAUUUCCAAAAGAAGAGGUAAAUACUGGAGAAGGUAACAGUGAUGAAGCUGAUGUUGGUAAUGUUGUUGUUCAGAGGGUUACUAAACAUGAAGACUUGAAAUGUAGAGAUUCACCCACUAGAACUGAUGUGACAGAUAUAAACAUAGACUAUGUCAAGAAUGUCAGUGAGAAGGCAGAUGAAUUAGAAGAGAACCAAGUUGAUAAAGUAAGAUUACAAUUGAAUGAUUCUAGAAAUAGUGAACAAGUUGAAAAUCAGCAAAGGUUUGGUGACAAUCUGAAAGGAACUGAUGUUGAUGAUAACACUUUAGAACAAUUAGACAAUGAAAGAGAGAAUUGUAAAAGAAAUCAAGAAAAUGAUGAACUUGACAAGACUGAAAAUGUAUCCAAAAAGGCUAGAAAAGAUAAAAGUUUAGAUGUACAUAUAAAUGAAUCAAAUAACACUCUGGUUACACAUUCUACAGAUCAUCUUGAAAACACUGAAAACAAUACAAAAGUAAAUGACAUCUACCGCACAGGUGCUAAGUGUGUAAGUGAAGGAAUACAGGAUCCGCUUGGUGCAGGAGAUAACUAUCAUAUAACAGGAGCUUUCAGGAUAAAGCCUGGUAGAGGGGAGAGAACUCUGUCAAUGUCUUGCAGUGAUAAGAUGUCACGCUGGAAUGUUGUGGGCCUCCAGGGGGCGCUGUUGUCUCACUUCUUUUGUUCCCCUAUUUAUCUCUCCUCAUUGACUGUUGGAAGGUGUCCAUACAACAGAAGUGCUAUACAGCGUGCCAUAGUUGACCGUAACCAAGCAGGCAUGCUGCAUCUUCCAUCAGGCUACAAGAUUAAUUUUCCGGAACUUUACCAAUCUGAGACCAGAUUUUGUCAUAGUAAAGAAGUAGUUUUGGAGCAGAUUGUAAAGUCUGGGAAAGAUAUAAAACUUGUUCCAUGUUCCUCUGCCAUAGCAUGGUGUAGAAGUGGAGUAAGUGGUGAGGUACUGGAUGUAACUACGCACGGGAGAAAACAUGGUGUAACCUCAAAGAAUCUUCACAAGCCACAAGCUAGGAGCUUGAUUAGUAGCAAGGGUCUGUUUGAUAUGUUUGUAACAUUGAAGAAUGAAAUAAGUCCGGAAACAAGUCCAGAAACAUUAAAAAAUAAAGAGCUGAAAACUUACAGAGACUUGAAAAUGGCUGCAGCAUCAUAUCAGAAUGCAUGGCAACAGUUGCUAGGGGUGUAUGGAGCCUGGGAACAUAAAGGCCCUGGGUACUUAGAAUUUACUUGAGGGUCAAAUGAAGACCGAUUUCUCCUGAAGAACAAAGUCAACAGCCAAGAUACUGCGACAAGAUACUGCAGAAUAAAUGCUAGAUUUAAAGUUGUCAGAUUUAUGGUUAUGCAAUAGUGAAGUACCUUUAUUAUAUAAAUUGUUCUCCAAAAAUAGAAUGUCUAGUCAACAAUUGUAAGCUACUGAGUCAUGAUUGUGGUGAAUGUAUAAAGUAAUGAGUUUCUAUUUUUGUAUAAAUUUCUUGCAGAAUGUAUCAGAGAAGAUUUUUUAUUGUAAUAAAAGGAAAAAAAUUUAA